AUGCCAAUCGAAAUUCAGCCGGUGUUGGAGAGUGAUCUUCGGCGGUGCGCCGAGAUCGAGAAACUGGCGUUCUCGGGGAGCCCACUUGAUCCAGUCCUAUUCCCCGGACCCAUGCCGGAGGAUAUCAUGGGGAUUCGAGCUGAAGAACUGGCCAAACAGUUUCGAGAGGACACAACCGUGCGCUUCCACAAAGCGGUGGACACGGAUCUCUCUGGCGACGAGGCGAUCAUUGCUUGGAGCAAGUGGAAUGCGUACGCGGAGGGGUUGCCGGUGCCAAAACCACGUGUCUGGGGACCUGGCUGUAACGAGGAGGCGUGUAACAAACUGUUCCAUGGCUUGGACGAGAUGCGCCAGCGUUUGAUGGGUGGCAAGAAGGUCGUCUAUCUGCAUAUCUUGGUGACGGACCCAAAGCACCAAAGACGUGGAGCAGGGUGGCAGUUGAUGACACCCAUAGUGCAGGAAGCUGUUCGAUUGGGCGUUCCGGCCUAUCUCGAGUCUUCAAGAGCUGGCCAUCAUCUGUACCAAAAGGUUGGGUUCAAGGAUAUCGAUGAGUACCUGAUUGACUUUAGCCAGUAUGGCUUGGAGCAGCCUCACAUCAACUGGGCGAUGCUCUGGGAGCUUCCCAAUCGACGAUGUCCAUGA